AUGGCGAGGCUCCCCCCCGAAUUGGUGGUGCUUGUAUUCUUGCUGCCGCCAAUUGCUGGUCUUCAUUUUAAAUUACUUGCCGGAUGUCCAUCCUGCCCGUAUUGUCUUGCCUUAUCCUCCGUCUCUCCGCUACAAUUCUCCCACUGUGUUGACCUUGUGGAACUGCGAAUGUCGGCUCUGGCAUGCUUUUUGGACCGCGAUGGGUUGCAGAUUCUUUGGGGCAAUCAUGACGGCGUCGUGGCCGGCGUCGGAUGUGUCUGGCAUUGGCAUUCUCUGUCUGUUCACACACAAUUUUUGAAAAAA